AUGGCGCUUCAAUUGAACAAGUCUGCUCGUGGACGUAACCUUAAGGUGGCUGCCGGGACCGGGGCCGUGGUGCUUGGGGCCGGGUAUCUUUUGAUAUCGACUUUCCCCCAUUUGAAAACGUCAAUUUAUAACUAUCUCACCAACACCCAGGAAGAAGCAUCCGAUGAUAACGAACCAAUAGAACUCAGCAGAUCCGACGUGCAACAAGCCGAGAAAGAAGAAGAGGCUCUUUCUCAGACCGUGGUGGGUGACAGCAGUCUUGUGGAUAUCAAUGAAUGGUCUCAAGAUAACUUGAAACAUUGGUUGAGCCAAAAAGAAAUCAGUCCUCCUCCGGAUGCUACUCGUGAUGGCCUUAUUUCCUACGUUAAGUCUAUUCAGGAAAAGAGUGGUUAAUUAUCUUGCCC